AUGCCAGAGCUGAUUGCGCCAACAUCAGAGGUGGCAUUCAAUAGAAUUAUGAAAAAUCCCACGAUUCUCAUAUCGUUUCUGAAUAGUAUCUUGGAGCAGGAAAACGUCGUGAUCGUCAAGAUUCAAAGUAGUAACCAAGUCUUGAGUUCCGCUCUUGGUCCAGUCCAGCAAAGUUCUGAACAACCACGGCGAGCUUCGACAAUCAAUAGCGUGCGAUACGCCACUGAUGAGCACCCGGGCUCUGACGAUUUGAACCAGACUGUACGCUACGACCUUGUCGUGGUCACUGACAAAGACAUCGUUAUCAACAUAGAAAUGCAGAAAGUUAAACAGCAUUUCUACCUCGAUAGAAUGGCAUACUACAGCUCUCGUGUAGUUUGUGACAACACCCAUGAAGGUCCUCAGACACUAUUUCACAGCAAUAAUCAGCUUAAUCCAAACACCCACCCAGCAACAGUAGAAAACUGCGAUUACAAAUGCCCCCCAAUCUACGUGAUAUCGAUGUGUGGUUUUGCAUGGACAGCACUGACGUCGAUACCCGUUGAGUUGCACCAAGAUUGGCUUCUGUGGCUGGCACCACAUUGGAAAGUGGGAUCAAACCGCCCCAAACGCUCAGACAACGUCCCGGCCAUACUGCAAAACGAACCAACUGUCCAACAUGUAUUCAUAUCCCUCCCAACGGCUUGCCAGCAUCUGGGCCAACAAGUCAACGACAUUUUGGAACAGUUAAUUUGGAUUUUUGCAAAUGUUGGACCUAAGUCACACUUGGAAGAGCUCCCCAAAUGGGUUCGGACCAACAAGCCUGCGAGUCUAUUGAUGAAUCAGAUCACCUACAAUAGUCUUACUAUCAAAGAAAGAAUUGCCUACCAGAAGUCGGAAAAGAGGGAACUCGAGUACGAGAAAUUUAAAGCUGACGAGACAAUAGAAUUGGCCAAAGAAAUAACAGCAAGGCGAAUUGAGGCCAAACUAGAAGCCAAACGGGUUCGAAGGCAGGCCAGACUAGAGGAGGAACGCAAGCGAGCUGAGGCCAAACUAAAGGCUGACCAAGGGAAACAGGAUGCUGAGAUCGAGGAGCUCAAGGAAAAGCUGCGCCGCCAUGGUGACCUAUGA